CAAAUUAGGAAUUAAUAGAAGAGAAUGCGGUUGAUGGACAUGAAAGAGGCGCGAGAGACGCAAUGGGUGCGGUGGAGACGUUCUUCUCAGCCACUCUCAUUCUCUGGUUGGCUUCCGUUUGUUUCCAGAUUUUGUUGAACAAACGGUGGGAACUACUCUCUGUCAUCGCGGGUUCCGUCUUCUAUCAGACAUUCAACUCCAUAAUUCGAUUCUUCUCUUCCACUCAGAACGAUCCUCUCUUCGUUAACACCUCCGUCUCUCUUCUCCACUCUUUCGUCACCUCCACUUCAGUGGUCUUCAUCUUGUUCAGAGAGUUGUUAACUAAUGGGUCAAGUGGAAUGUUUGACCACUCACAGUUGGUUGAAAAUACUUGGCCAUGGGCGUUUGAAGCGUUGAGCUUUUCAUGUGGUUACUUUGCAUAUGAUCAGUGGGAUAUGCUUCGUUACCGCUUAUAUAGUGGUUGGAUCCCCUCUAUUCUUGUGCAUCAUCUGGUUCUCCUUAUUUGCUUCACUCUAGCGUUGUACCGAAAUGUUACCAUCAACUACCUUAUUCUCACUCUUAUCUGUGAGCUGCAUUCUAUCUUUCUGCAUGUAAGAAAAGUGAGACGAAUGGCAGGUUUUCGGAAUGCAAAGGGCACUCUUGUUAAGAUAGAAUGGUUUCUUAAUUGGUUCACCUUCUUCGUGGCAAGGUCUGCACCUCACAUUCUCAUCACAGCCAAGCUCAUCAGGGAUGCUCACAAAUUUGAAAAGGGUAUAGAGCUACCACUAGCUCUGCUUGGCAUGGCUGGGAUGAAUUUGCUGAACAUUGGUCUUGGCUUGGAUCUAUUUAAAGCUUUUAAGAGAGAGAGGAAGUCCCAGCAGGGUAAUAUUCAUCACCACCGUGAAUGAUAGAAGAGAAAAGUGCAAUACUGUGGAAUCUUCACCAAAAGUGAAAAAACGGGGGGAAAUGUUAAAACAUUCUUGAGGAGCGAUUGUCUGUACGAAUAUGUUCGAUCUCUUAUUCUUAUUCUUAUUAUUAGUAUUAUUAUUAUUUUAAAUACAACACAAAUUGACCCCCUUGAUUUUGUAUCGCAGUUAUUUCAAUGUAAUACAAUUCCAACUCAUUCUCU